AUGGUGUUAGAUGCAAAUAUUCUACGAGAAAAAUUAAUUGAAGCUUGGAAAUUACGUUCAAAUGAAACUAGUUUUUCAGCUUCACUUGCACCAUUAAUUGCAGAAUGUCGAUCUGAAGAGGAAUUUCGUACAUUAUUUACUACACAAAUUCUUACACAUAUUGAUUCAGCAAUAUCAUCUAAUCUUCUUCAAUCAUAUUUUAAAUUUCAUGCAAGAUCUGGUUAUAUAAAUGAAUCAUUAGUUAUUGAACAUCUUCUUUCAUUAACACCAUUAUCAUCAUUAAUAACAACAGAUGAUAUUCAAAUAAAAUUUUUACUUGAAUUAUUAUUUGAAACUCUUAAAGCUAUGCAUGUUACUGCUGAACAAGCACCUCGUCUUGGUAAACAAUUAAAUUUACUUGCUAAAUGGCUUUGUUCAACAUUAUGUAUUUAUUUAAAUCAAUUAAAUAUAAAUGAACAAAUGAAUAUCAAAGAAAAAGAAAUGAUUAUAUUAAUUUCAAAUUUAUUUCUUUUAUUAUUUACAAAUACAACAUAUUAUUGUCUUUGGUUAAUGAUAAUUAAAGCACAAAAAGAACAAAAAGAAUGGAAACAAUUACAAGAACGAUUAGAAUUAGUUUCAAAAAGAAUACCAACAGGAGAAAAUUUUAGACCUGAUGUUUAUGAACAAAUUCUUUUUAAAAUAGCUCAUCUUCAUUUAUCUGAAGAAUUCCAUCAAGAAGACGUUGAAUUUAAUAUAUCAAUAUUCAAUCCUAUUGUUUCAAUGCUUGUUAUUAAUCAACUUCAUAAAUCCUCAUCAAUUAUUCUUUCAAUUCUUCGUUUCUAUGAACAUGUUUCAACAACAUCAAAUCCAUCUUUAAUCUAUCUUCGUCUUCUUCAAGCAUCAUUUGGUGGUUAUCUUGCAUCAGUAUUAACAAAUAAUAGUGAAUAUCAACAACGUUGGUCAGCAUAUAUAAAUUUUCAAUUACCACGCAUAUUAGCAUCAUGUUUUGAAACACAAUUUGAUAUAAUAAAACAAUGUUUUGAAACAUUUUUAUUACAUAAUGAAUAUUUACUUAAUCGUAUGGAUGAAUUAUGUUUUGAAAAUGUAUUUGAAAAAUUUUUUCAAACAAUAUUAAAUUAUACUAAAAAUGAUAUCAAAGAAAAAAACGAAAAUAAAAUAAAUCAAUUAAAUUUUUAUAUACAACAAAUUCGUUUACCAUAUAUUCAACAAAUUCAACGAUAUUAUCAAAAUCAUCAAAUACAUUCUUAUUCAUUUCAAAUUCUUCAAUUACAACGUACAUUAGAAAAAUCUCUAUAUAAAAUUUUUUCAACACCAAAUGAUAAUGAUAAUCUACAAAAUUUAGUUAAUAAUUUAACUGAUUAUAUUCCAUUAAUAUGUGCACUUGAUCAAUAUUAUUCAUUGAUUAAUUUAUUAUUAUCAUAUACACAAACACAAUAUGAUCUUGCUUUAUAUUUACUUUGUUAUAUAACAUCAAUAACAGAUGAUACAUCAGAAGAUUUUGGUCAUAUAGAUAUUAAUUAUGAUAAAUCAUCAUCAUCAUUUAUUAUUUAUAUGUGGUUAAAAAAAUAUUGGUUAUCACGUCAUUUAGGUCAUGCUUUAUUUUCAUCAUCACUUUAUUCAAUUGAUUUUCUUUCACCAAUAAAUAAUUCAUUUGAUGAUAUAUCAGUAGAAAAAGAUGAAUUUUUAUUAGAUAUUAAAAAUUUUAAUCAUGAUAAUAUACAAAUAAAAUAUUCAAAUAUUGAUUAUUUAAUAAAAACAAUUUAUUUACUUGGAGAACUUCAAUCAUUAUCAUUAGAUGAAACAAAACAAAUUGUUUUACAAUUAAUUAAUUAUUUAACACAUGUUUCAUAUGGUUCACUUGUACAUGUACUUCUUUGGCUUAUAGCAAAUUAUCAAAUAGCAAAUGAUAAUGAAAAACCAUGGAUUCAAAAUAUUAUUCAUACCAUGGGUGCAACAGGUGAUUCUAACUCGACAAUAGUCUCAUUACUCGAUGCUAUAAAACGACAAUUAUGGUCAGAUUAUAUCGAUAAUCCAUUAGUAUCACAUUAUUCUAUCGUUCCAAAUUUUUCAUCAAUAGUUAAUAAUUUAUUUUUAUCAUCAUCACAAACAUCUACAUCAAUUAUUCAAACAUUAUUUGAUACAUAUAUAAUAAAUGAAUUUCUUAAUUGUGAACAAUCACGUGCAUUAUAUAUUUGUUCAAAAUAUGUUCCAAUAGAUUUUUUAAUUGUACGUUUAUUAAUAAAUAUAAAUACAUCAAAUGGAGUCUAUGAAACAAGUCGUGCACUUUAUUUUAUAUUAGGUUUAAUUCUAUUUCGAAGACGUUCAUCAACACGUUGUUUAUUAAAACAAGUUUUACCUUAUUUAUUUAAUAUAAAAUCUAAUGAAUUUAUGCUUGAACCAAAUGUUUAUACAAUAUGUUUUAUAAUGAAUAUUAUUCUUGCACUUGAAUUUAAUCAAAAUAAUGAUCAAUUAGAAGAUUUAUUUCAUGUUAAAUCAUGGAAAGAUAUAUAUUCGAUUGAUGAUAUUAUACCAAAAUAUGAAGAUACAACUGUUGCUGAUGCAUAUCAUUCUUUAUUAAAUUAUUCAUCAGAAGAAUUAUUUUCAAGUGAAACACUUCGACCAGUUAAUUAUUUUCUUGGUUGGUUUCAAACAAUUCUUUGGAUGUUUAGUCGUACAGCUAAAUCAUUAAAACCAUUUGUUAAACCAAAAUUAGUUGCUCAAUUAUCAGAAUAUUUACCAUUACAAUUUCCAAUUGAAAAAGUUCUUAGUAUAUUAGAAUUAUCAAAUAAUAUUGAAAUUGAAUAUGCUGCAAUGGUUAUAACACGUGAUUAUACUUGUUUAAAAACAUUAAAUAGUCGAACAUCAAAAACACUUAUACAUAAUCAACAAUUGACAAUUAGUGAUAAUAGUUUAACAACAAUGUCAAUGAAUCUAACAAAGAAUAUUUUUUCAAUACCAAAAAAUCUUUAA